AUGUCCACUUUCACAAUUCCGUGUGACCAUGGUCAGCAAUCCCUGUCUGUGGUUUGCACGCCUGAUCUCAACAAGGAUGAUCUCUUGCGAUUCCCUGCUUUCCAGGUCUGGCUGUCUACCCUGCGACAAUCGUUAAAGCGGCAACAAGACCCCUCACACGCGUUCCACAAAGACCCUUAUGUCCUACGCAAGAUUGAUAUCCAGUCUGUCGAUUUUUUUAAGGGAGGGCGAUUAGGGUUUGUGAAAUUCAAAGCUGAUGUAUCAAACGGAAAUGGCGAGUCACUCCCCGGGAGUGUUUUUCUUCGUGGGGGCAGUGUAGGAAUGCUGCUCCUACUCCAGCCAGAUGACGUAUCCCCCUCGAUGGAAGACGAAAAGCGAGCAAUUUUGACCAUUCAACCCCGCAUUCCUGCCGGUUCCCUUGCUUUCACUGAAAUCCCCGCCGAAUGCUUGAUGAUUCCGGCUCUUUUGUUGGAGCUGCAGCCAAGGAAAUACAAGAAGAAACUGGCCUGA